AGUGACUCGAGAUCAGUUCCUUCUGUUCAAACUCCCUCCCACUGCGAUUUGCGCUGUACAGGCCACAGCUAAGUUAGCCGUUUCAGCUAGCUAGCUAUUUUGUUAUGGUUAAUAUAGCUAACCUAUUAGUUUAGAAUACGAUACCGUUGCUUUCUUUGUGUGCUCUGUUUAAUGCCAUUUUCGAAAACUGGAUAUUGUAGCUAACACAAAGAGAUAACGAGAGGGAUGUCGUACUACUCGUCGUCCUCUCGCGGUUCCUCGCGGAACCUGGAGUGUAAGGUCUACGUCGGAGAUCUAGGCAACGGAGCAGCUAAGGGCGAACUGGAGAGGGCCUUUGGCUACUACGGUCCGCUGCGCAGUGUCUGGGUGGCAAGAAAUCCACCUGGCUUCGCCUUUGUAGAGUACGAGGACGCCCGGGACGCUGAGGAUGCCGUGAAAGGAAUGGAUGGAAAGGUUCUCUGCGGUUCUCGGAUUCGUGUGGAGCUCUCCACUGGCAUGACUCGGAAGAGCCGAUAUGGCCGACCUAGCCGUCGUCAGUUUGACCCAAAUGACCGAUGUUAUCAGUGUGGAAACAGGGGCCACUACGCCUACGACUGCUAUCGUUUCAGUAAGAGAGGCCGUCGCAGCAGGUCCCGGUCUCGUUCGCGCUCUCGCUCCAGGUCGAGGAGCAGACGCAGCCGCUCACGCUCUCGAAGCCGCAGCAAAGACCGGAGGUACCAUUCUCCAUCUUAUUUGAAACGCAGGAGCAGGUCUGGCUCUCAAGCCCGCUCUAGGUCCCGAACUCCCGUACGGAGUCGCUCUCGAUCUCGCUCAAGAUCUGCGUCCCGCUCCAGGUCCCGCUCCAGGUCCCGCUCCAGGUCCCGCUCCCACGGUGCUAAGGACAGAGUGUGGGAGUCGGCGCUCAAGCAGAGACCAGGGCUCUCAUCUUUGCCGUGUUAACCGUCCUCCAGGAGGGUGACUAAAGAGCUUACCUGAGAUCAGCCUCUGCCACGCUGGUUUAAAGGGGUCGUCCGACGCACAUUCUGACGGGACGCAUCCUGCGCGUACACAAACAGUUGUUCCACCCACCCCACCCCACUCCCAUCCCAGAACCCCAUGCACUACUGCACACCAGAAUGCUGGGCUGAGAGUUAUGGGCCCCCCCUCCCUCCAAAGCUCCAACUUCUUGUUUAGCUUCUGAGAAGGGUGUGUGAGAGAGAGGAGAGCUGACGCGAGAUCAGACUUCAAGACCCUCCGAGUGUGUCUUCAAGUUCUAGCAUCCGUCGCUUCUCUGUAUGUUGUUUCCGCCACUGUCUUCAAAGGUAACCAAAACCCAAGAGUUGAUGUCCUUCUUAAUGUGAGCCCUGGUUGUAGUAAACCCACUUGUAAAAAAAAUCUUGAUAUUGAACGUAUGCAGAGCAUGCGCUAAUUAACAUCCCUGGAGAGUGACUGAGAGACUGUGAGGAAGACUGCCUGUGAAUGUGACAUGACAUGCUGUGUGUGUGUGAGAGAGAAUAUAUUUACGUGUGUGUGUCUGAGUGCGUUCAUGUGUGUCUGAAUGUGUCUCUUUCAGUGUUCUAACCCUGGUUAAUAGCACUUCUGUUGUCUCACAUGAAGGAGAUAUGAGUACUGUAGUCUUCCUGGUUGUAGUGUUAGAUGAGAGUGAAUGAAUAUUUUAGUGUAGGUGGGUCUUGUUCCAUCUAGUGCUCUUGGGCUCUGAGCUGGUAGUGUCACUCCUCACCCUCACAGUCUGCAGAGAGAGACCUGCCUAAAACAGGUCUUAGUUGUACAGAAUUUCACAUUACAUUGGUCUAUGUUCCUUCUCAGGUCUUCUGUAGUUUUGAAAGAUGCUGGUCUUUGUGGUAGACUUCCUUAGAACAGCUAACCAUUUUUUUGGUUCUUGGAAUCAGUGAGGUUUCACAGCAAAGACUCCACUGUUGUGAAAUCAGACUUGUCUUUACACAGGAAUGUAACUUGGUAGAUAAUUGUGAGAACAAUAUAAUGUUCAAACAAGCAAAUGUGCAGACGAUACGAUGCAGUAAAUACUACAGUGAAACGUAGACCACACACACCACCACACAUUAAGGAAAUGACGCCUCAACCCUUCUUGGGCAGGACAAAGUACCAGCGCUUGUCGUGUAGGGCAGGGGCGGAGCUGUGAUAGGGUUUGAAUGAUGAGGCUUUUUGUUUCAUUUGUUCUCUCCUCUGAACUUCUCUCUCUAUCUGUUCCAGUCAUUCCAGGUCCCCCAGCCAGAAAAACAGCUCCACCCCAGCUGAAGACUGACUGGAGAAGAACCCCACACCCCAAAUCACUCACUUAUCAGCCUGCUUAGUUUGAUUAGUUUUCUUCUCUGCCUUCACCACAUGAAAGUGUACCUUAUGCCAUUUGAUGUUUCACAUUUGUUCAGUGGUAUUCCUGUGAAUUUUAGUUUACCUAAAAACCUCCACCAGUUAUACUUAAAAUGAUAGUUUAAUGGGAGAAACGUUUUUGCUGCUUCUUUAUUUUGAAUUUUGACCUUUUUCUCCUUACACAUUUAUUGUAGCAGGUUUAAAAGGGCUGUGGUGAAUUUGUUUUCUAUCUGUAUAGAAGGUUUACACUGGAAAUGAACAAGAAUGGAAUAAAGAAUUGUGGCAACAACACACGAGGAAUCUGAAUUACAAGUGAGAUGUCUACUGUGGGAUUGGGAAGGGAAUUAAACUAUUAAAGAGUUGCACAUUA